GCGAAAGGAAGAGAGAGAGAGAAUCGAUUGCUCACGAUGAAAACUAGACCAAUCGAAUACCACCACAUGUUCGAGAUGUCGAACAAAGCGGCGCGUUGUUUUGUCCGUAGUGUGGAACGGGGAGUGAAGCGAGCUGGCAAAAAUUUAGGAUUAUGUUGCGAUCCACUGUCAGUCGAAAGAAACAUUUAGUUCGGUAUCUCGUGAGAGUACGAUGCUGGUGUUACGUGAGAAGUAUUACUACAUGUUCUACGAUGAGAAGCUUGGAUACGUAAAAGGUAGAACUGACAGGGAGGAUGCGAACAUCGCUAUGACGGCGAAUCGUAUAGUCGUGCUUCUCGUCUUCGUGUCGGGAAUUGCGGUUGCUGUCAUUGGAACGUUAUUGUCUCAGUACAUUCGUGGUUCUCUGAAACAUUUAUCAGUUCUUUCAGAUCAUGAUUAUCGUCAUGUAUUCAUACCACUCCCGACGGAAGGUGAGUUGAACGUAUACGACGAAGGUACUCUGGAUGUUGCACUGCCAAGGUCCCAGCUGCAGCGUCAAUUGGAAAUUGAGAACAGCGCGACGUCCAUUGCGGAGGCUUUAACCUCGUUACACCUGGCGCUGGAGAUGAAAUUGUCGGGCAAACAGAAGAAAGCGAUCAAGUUGUUUCAACACGCUGUAGCUUUAGCGCCCCGUCACCCAGACAUCCUGAAUCAUUACGGCGAGUUUUUGGAGCACACGCAGAACGACGUUAUCAAAGCGAACGAGUACUAUGUGCGAGCGUUGAGCUUUCAACCGAACCACGAAGGUGCGUUGAUAAAUAGUCAGAGAACAGCCCGAGUGGUCGAGGAGUUGGAUCGAAGAAUGCUGCGUCGCAUAGACGAGAAACGAAACGCACUGUCCGCGAUACCUGAUAACAACGCCGCAUUGAUACGCGCGAAAAAGGAGGCUUACUUUCAACAUAUAUAUCACACGGUUGGCAUCGAGGGAAACACGAUGAAUUUGGCUCAAACCAGGGCGAUCGUUGAAACCCGUACUGCGGUUGCUGGUAAAAGCAUCGACGAGCACAAUGAGAUCCUUGGCUUAGACGCCGCGAUGAAAUAUAUCAACGCGACUCUGGUCAAUAGAGUUGGAUCAAUCUCUAUCAAGGACAUUUUAGAGAUUCACAUGCGCGUUCUAGGACACGUGGAUCCCGUUCAAGGUGGUCAAUUCCGACGUACUCAGGUGUACGUUGGUGGUCACGUACCUCCCGGUCCUGGAGAUAUUCAUUAUCUCAUGGAAGAAUUCGCAUUAUGGUUAAACAGCGAGAGAGCUAUUCGAAUGCAUCCAGUCAGAUAUGCAGCUCUAGCGCAUUAUAAACUGGUGCAUAUACAUCCGUUUUCCGAUGGAAAUGGUAGAACAUCUCGCUUGCUCAUGAAUAUGAUCCUUAUGCAAGCUGGUUAUCCGCCGGUUAUUAUUCACAAGCAGCAUCGGCACACGUAUUACGAAAAUCUUCAAAUAGCCAACACCGGUGACGUUCGGCCGUUCGUUCGGUUCAUAGCUGAAUGUACUGAACAAACGUUGGAUCUAUUUUUGUGGGCAACUAGCGAAUUCUCUAGACAGGUUCCCGCGCUUAGUCAAGACACUUUGUUCACCGAACGACGCGAUACCAUCAUUCUAGAGGAUGAUGUGACGACGGAUAGCGUUACGAACGCUUUUGACACUGGUUAAUAGCUAGUCCGUGAAUUUUUUGGAUUUCACGUUACGUGUUAACCGUUACGUAUUUCCUAAACCAAAGAUUUUUACUCGCUAAACCAUUUGCCUCUGUUCCGUCUAAUAGUGACGCUUCUUAUAUUUAAAUCGUAACUUCCGGUUCGCGAGCCUCCAAUUUUUUGCUUAGAAUUAUCGUCGUAUGUAUGUCGUCCUUUAUCAUUUCGAUUUGAUCCAACAAAUCGAACAUCCAGCCUGCUUCUAUUAUUUUGUUGUACACGAUCGCACACACAUAGCCUUUCGUUAAUUAAAUUGUUUUCCUUCUUGUGCAUGCGUUUAAUUUAAAAAAUUAAUCAUGCUAACUGUUAUCGACGCGAUUCCUUAUACGACGUGGUAUGCUUCCAUUUAUAAUUUCUGCUACCUUUUAUCGUAUGCGCCAAAACAGUCGACAUAGAGAACACGGCGAACAGUGUGAAACUGAAUCAAAGACUGUGAUGUAAUUUAAGAAUACGACAUAAGUUAAUAUUUAAUUAGGCGAAUUUUAAAUGUCAACAUCAAACGUAUUAUGAAAAUGUCGCGUAUAAAUGUAUGAUCAGAUGUGUAAUCGCUACUUGCUGGUCAAGUUACUUGCGAUAUGAUUUAAAUACACACGCUACUUUUAAUAAAUCCAUUAUUUUCUAUAUCGUUUCGUUCAUGUAUUCUUUUUUACCAUUUUCUAUGCGAGAAGAUAAUCUGUGGGGACGUGUUUGUCGGCAAACGAUAAACAAAGUUGCGCCAUUUUAUCAUCGACUAGCUUGAAAGCAAUUAGAUAUUGUUCAUUUAUCAAUCAAUUAUGGUCGUUCCGUUUGAUAUGCAUAUGACAAAGAGAAAAGAAAAAAAGAAAGUGAAAAACUAAGGCAAGACAGCGUAUCAUUUAUAUCAUUAUCUCGGUUCUCUCCUUUGUUCAUAGUUUUAUCGUUGACAAGCUUUUCACAAGUAAUAUCACCAUUGUAGCCCGAUAUGUUUUAUGGAUCGAACAAUGCAUCGAUCGUAACGAUGUUGCUCCCAUUAUCGUAUCGGUGUAUCCAGAGAUUCCAACUUGUGUCGCUAUUCGACUUCCCAAUACUGCGAUUAAUAAUAAUAAGGCCAGAAAAAGUAUUGAAUGCCUCGACUGCUACGAAACUUUAAUUUUUUACACGUCUAAUAAAACAUUGACGCUUCGUCGGCGAAAGAAACGAUACAGAGACAAUUCGCAUCGUUUUCAAGCGCGUUCGAUCGAAACACGUAUCACGAGUGAACAAAAUCUUUACGCUAAACGUGCAAAUCUCUCUCCUUCUUUUUUCAUUUCUUUUUUCUUCUUGUUUUUUUUUUUCCUUUUUAAUGCAAUAUAACGAUGUACUCCUUUUUUUUUUAUCUAUAUAAAUACAUUUCUAUAAAAAUCAUAUUUAGCCAACAACGUAAGUUGACGACCUAUCGAUUCUUCGCACAUUCGCUCUUCCUUCUUUAUCCUCUCGUUCGUUCAUUCGCUCGGUUACACACAUACAUACGCUUCCCCACUCGUGCACAUUCAUCCUCUCUUCGUUUCUGCUUGCCUGCUAUGUCGUGCUCGGCUCCAUUGCUCGGUCGGAUCGGUAGAGAUCGAGAUCGAUCGCGAGACCCGCCGGACAUUGUCGUUUUGGCAAGGAAAAAAAAGACACGCGCGUGCAUAGGUAUGUGUUUUACGAGGCAUGUCUGUGAGAAUUCGCUAUUCUCCGUUGAGUAUGAAGAAAAAUGAUGGAAACGAAAUCAAACGACGGCAAGUAAGAGAAAAAAUUGUUGCAUCGACUUUAACACUCUCGAGAUAAAAAAAAAUAAAUAAAAAAAAAAGGGGGGGAAAGGGAAAAAAAAGAGUAUUCAAAAAAGACCGGUGAAAUCAUGUGAACUCUAAAUCGAUGAUUUUCUUGGAAAUGUGAUAUGCAUUAUCGGGAUAAUCGUUGUAAUUCUUAAAUAAAUUGUAAUUCUUUUCAUUGAAACAGGGGCUAUCACGAUCUACCGAAGUUAUAUAACGUUGAAAAUAUGUACGCGUUUAACAAACAAACCACAACCCUAUUUUGAAUGAAAUUUACGCCGAACGUACAAACGUACAAACGUACAAAUAUACACAAGAUUCGAAUACGCGUAUGUAACUUCCUCCUUGUUAUUUAUUUCAAUUAUUUGGACGAAAGAAAAAGAGUUCUUUUAUAGACAUGUUCCUUUUAAAAUUCAAUCCAUCUGAGACUGGACUAAAGGUAUGACAAUAUAAAUUGGGCAAUCAACGUGAACCUUUAUUUGAAAAUAUCUCGACGAGGAAUGAGAAUCGAACGUUGAAGAAAGAAGAAAAGAUUCGAAAAGAUAUCCUGUAACCGCGUGUUUUUCAUCUCUGGACAAGUUAUGCAUAGAAGAGACACGCAGGCAAUUGUAUGGAUAUACACGUGCGUGCAAUUGAUUCGUUACGUUGUCGCUUCGUUUACUUUUAACCGUAUCUAUACGUAUACGCGUGUACGUUCGUCGAUUUUAUAGUCGCUUUAUCAGUGACGUCGAUAUAUCCGCGGAUUGAUCGUUCGACGAACGCAGCAGCUUUCGUUUAGCGACGUUUUGACGCCGUCGAGAAAAUUGCUGAGAAGGCAAGGGUUUCUCACGAAUGAAAUGAAGCGCGCGCUGAGCACUGUCGACCGGACGUACGUCGAUACGUGCUACGAUUCAGGUGCUGCGUGCACAAGUAGAAGAAACAAGCUAGCGAUCGGGAAAGAGGAGAGAGGCAGAAGG